UUUGUUUGUUUUGUUCCUGAGAAUCUAGGUGUUAGGGAAUAGGGGAACGUGUGAGCCAGCCUCUUUCAAAAGGAGCCAGUAUUUAAAGAGUUGGCUGUCAAAACCCUGGUUCCUUUUGAAAGGGCUUUCUCGUCAGGCCUCCCCAUGUUUUCUUGACAGAGGCAUAUGCGUUUAUGCCUGCAAAUGUCUUUGUCAAACCAUGGAGAGUUCUUCCAAGUAACCCUUUUCUAGAAGUGUCGGACCUCUGUUAGCAAGAUCCUGACACAUCCAGUGUGCCAUUUGUGACGGUCAGUGGCUAUCGGAAUAGGGAUCGCAAAAGCUGGCUGCCAAGAAACGGUUCAAGUGACGAAAGGGGCUCACAAUCAUGGUUCAGAGGGGACAAGUUAGUCUUGCUGUGGGAUCCCCUGGAAUAAUGAGCCCAGUUGUCUGUCAGGUCUGUCAGGUACACUGUGGGUGGUUAGUGGGAAAACGCAACUCGUUCCAGCUUUCUGCAAAGCUGAGAUGGGUGAGGAUCCUUGUAGAGGUUCUGCUGUAUCCAUAGCUCUGUAUUGAUAAAUGUUGGCAAUACUUGGCCUGCUUUUGACAUGACAUAGGCAACAAUCAUAAUCAUAUUUAUUUAAUAUAUAACAUAGAUUGUAAUCAUAAGAAAUUUUGAUUCUGCCUGUAGCUGGGCUAUAAAUUUCUAAUACAAUGUAAGGAGAACUGUUUUCCUUUUUUUAUCAUGCCAGUAGUUUUUCUCUGGUAUAUGCAGCAAGUAGAGCAAGCUUUUUAUAGUACAGCAUGGAAUCUGACAGUGCAUUUUUUAGUAUGUUGGCUGGAGGUGAUACAUUUUAACUUAAUCCAGUUGACAAUUAGGAGUUGAAAUAGAAAUUAGAGUAGAAUAAAGUAGAAGGCCAACACAUGUUGUUUGAAGAAUUGGGUGUAGACACUCAGAGGUUUUGUAACUGCCUGAGAUGGAAGGCUUUGAGAUUUUACAUAAUGGGCUAUGGUGGAGGAAUGAUUUUCUGAGUCUGAGCAAUAGGGCUGUGCAGCAGUUUUUCACACUAGCAUUUCGAGCACAACCAGGGGGUUUUAGUCACAUAGUUCAGCCCAGAGGAAGAGGUAUCAGCAGUGCGGUGACAAAGCGGUGUGUGUAUUUUGACAAAGCAGAAUGAUAGGUGCCUUUUUAUUUAAGAGGGAACUUUAAGAUUCCCUGUUCCUGCCCAUAGGGAGAGUGUUUAAAAGUGUGACAGUUAUUCGGGAACUGACUAGUAGCUAGAAAAAAGACAAGCCCUUGUACUCUUCAGGUAUUCUCGUAGCUCAUAGCCUCAUGACUGGAAUUGGAAAUGGCAUAAGUAAGCCAGGCUUGAGAGCUGGGGUGUACUGCAUGAAUACGUCUUCCCAAGAAAGUUUGCAGUUUCAGUCCACUUAGUGCAUUUGAUGGCAUGAGCUUGUAAAAGCUGUUUGAGAGAAAUCAGAUAGUGAACAAGUUGUAUUUUUGCUCUUGUAGGCUAAAGGAGUUGCUCAAUUUAAAGGUUGUGCGUUUGUGUCAGAACCCCAAGUUGGCGCUAAAAAACAGCCCACCGUACAUUCUAGAUCUGCUUCCUGACACUUACCAGCAUCUGCGAAGCAUUCUGUCACGCUACGAGGGGAAGAUGGAGAUCCUGGGAGAGAAUGAAUACUUCAGGGUAUUCAUGGAAAACCUGAUGAAAAAGACAAAGCAGACCAUCAGCCUCUUUAAAGAAGGAAAAGAGAGGAUGUAUGAGGAGAAUUCUCAGCCUAGGCGGAACCUUACAAAAUUGUCCCUGAUCUUCAGCCAUAUGUUAGCAGAACUGAAAGGUAUUUUUCCAAGUGGACUCUUCCAAGGAGACACAUUCCGGAUCACAAAGGCAGAUGCAGCAGAAUUCUGGAGAAAAGCUUUUGGAGAAAAGACUAUUGUUCCAUGGAAGACCUUCCGUCAGUCCCUACAUGAAGUGCAUCCCAUCAGUUCAGGCCUGGAGGCGAUGGCGUUGAAAUCAACUAUUGACUUGACGUGCAAUGAUUACAUUUCCGUGUUUGAAUUUGACAUCUUUACCAGGCUUUUUCAGCCUUGGUCAUCUUUGUUGAGGAACUGGAAUAGCCUUGCAGUCACCCACCCCGGUUACAUGGCAUUCCUGACCUAUGACGAGGUAAAAGCACGGCUUCAGAAGUUCAUUCACAAACCUGGCAGUUAUAUUUUCCGUUUGAGCUGCACGCGACUCGGCCAGUGGGCCAUUGGCUAUGUCACUGCAGAUGGAAACAUUCUCCAGACGAUCCCCCACAACAAGCCCCUCUUUCAAGCCCUGAUCGAUGGCUUUAGGGAAGGCUUUUAUUUAUAUCCUGAUGGAAGGAAUCAGAACCCUGACCUGACCGGAUUGUGUGAACCCACCCCACAGGAUCACAUUAAAGUCACACAGGAACAGUACGAGCUGUACUGCGAGAUGGGCUCCACCUUCCAGCUCUGCAAAAUCUGUGCAGAAAACGAUAAGGACGUGAAGAUAGAGCCCUGCGGCCACCUCAUGUGCACCUCCUGCCUCACUUCAUGGCAGGAAUCAGAAGGGCAGGGUUGUCCGUUCUGCCGAUGCGAAAUCAAAGGCACGGAGCCCAUCGUGGUGGACCCCUUCGAUCCCAGAGGUGGGGGAGGGUUGCUGCGGCAAGGUGCCGAGGGAGCCCCCUCUCCCAACUACGACGACGACGACGACGAGAGAGCAGACGAGUCGCUCUUCAUGAUGAAAGAGCUGGCGGGCGCGAAGGUAGAGCGCCCUCCUUCCCCAUUUUCGAUGGCUCCGCAGGCGUCGCUCCCCCCGGUGCCCCCCCGACUAGACCUUCUGCAGCAGCGAGUGUCCAACCCACCUGGGGCCUCAAGCCCAGGGACUACCUCCAAGGCUACUCCUAGUUCCCUUCACAAAGACAAGCCUUUGCCAAUCCCGCCAACACAUCGAGAUCUUCCGCCGCCCCCGCCUCCGGACAGGCCGCCUUCCAUCGUGACCGAGCAUCGACCUCAGAGACGGCCCCUGCCCUGCACCCCAGGAGAUUGCCCCUCCAGGGACAAGCUGCCUUCCGUGCCCUGUAACCGCCAGGGGGAGCUCUGGGCAGCACGGCCGAUUCCUAAAACGCCAGCUGCAGCUCCUGGUUCUAGCGGCGAACCUUGGCCGGGCCGGGAGCUGACAAAUCGGCACUCGCUCCCCUUCUCGCUCACUUCCCCUCUGAGCCUGGACACCGCCGUGAACCAGCCCGGUGGAGUCCCAACUGUCUUGGACAGUGAGCACUCUAAGAUAAAGCCUUCCUCUUCUGCCAACGCCAUCUAUUCCCUUGCUGUAAGGCCAACGCUUGCGCCAAAGCUGCUACCGGGAGAACACUCUGAAAACGAUGAAGACACGGAGUACAUGUCUCCGUCUUCCCUGCCCCUCGUGCCGCCUGGCCCCGUUGGACAAAAGCCCGAGGCCAAGUUGCCCUUGGAAGUGAGCCAGAGUUCACGCGUGUUGGAGUGUGACCAAGACCUGGACGGGUGCACCUAUGAAGCAAUGUUCAACAUCCACACGCAAGCAGUGCCUGCCACUUCUGAGGGUGCCAGCAUUCCUGAUGGGGGUGAUGUAGCUGCGGCCAGCAUCACCAAUGGACCCGAGGAGUCAGAGAACGAGGAGGACGGCUACGAUGUGCCCAGGCCAGCCGUCCACAAUGCCACGGCACGCCGCACGCUGUCCGACAUCUCCAACGCGACCUCUGCCUUCAGCCGUGCCUCUCUGGACGGGGAUGUCCUAGCAGCUCUCUCGGAUGGCUCCCAGGUUCCCGAGAGGCCACCAAAGCCUCUGCCGCGGAGGAUUAACUCUGAACGGAAAGCGGGUGGCUGCCUUCAAGGUGGCGGAGCGGGGCCAGUCUCAGCUGCCCCUCUGCAGCUCUCCAGCGAGAUCGAGAGCCUCAUGAGCCAGGGCUACUCAUAUCAGGACAUCCAGAAAGCGCUCGUGAUCGCCCAUAACAAUAUCGACAUGGCCAAAAAUAUUCUCCGAGAGUUCGUCUCCAUCUCCUCCCCUGCCCACGUGGCCACAUAGCACACUCCCGGCCCUGCCUGGGACACCCCUGCGCAUCAACCUGCCUGGGCGGUCUCCUGCCCAGCUCCUGCCUAGAGGAGAUAGCGGGCUCCUUGAGAGACCUUCCUGUGCAGCCAGGCCUGCCUCUGCAGAAAAUCGGUCAUCAGGGUUUUAUGCAACUCCAGGUUUCAGAGUGAGCGGGACGGAAUGGAGCGGAUGAGCGUGUCCCUGACGGUCUGUGUGACUUCUCGGCAUCCUCUUCUUUGCUCCCCCUGCCCCGCACUUUCUACUUAGGGAGAACUGAUGUAUGGCUUUUGAAAGAUGGCUCGGUGGGUUCCACUGCUGGCGAGCAAGGCGGGGAGGGCUGGGGCGUUUGUCUUUUGCUGUGAAUUCAGACGGGAUGCCGGUGUGUUGAACGGCAUCUCCGCAUCGCUCAUGGUGUGCCCUCCCGUGGUUCAGGGUACUAGAUUUGGGCUCCUUUGCUGCUGUACGUUCUGGCUCAGGCUUUUGGACCCCUUGCUGCUGGGUGCAGGUUCCUGGCUAAGGGAGAGGUUUGGAUCGCAUCCCUUCUGCUCCGACCUCCUCUCCCUUUCUCUCCCAAAUCUGUUUGCUCCCCUCUUGUGUGUGCAAUCACAUCCAGCUCUUUUACGCUGUGGGUCAAGCCGCUUCCCUCGCACGCUGGCAUCGCUUGCCACACACUGGAUUCCAAGGCACGGCAGAUGCUGGACUUCUCGGCUGUGCUGGGGGUGGUCAGACGCCGUUCAGAUUUCUGGCCCUGCGUUUCUGUGAUCCAGACUGUCGUGGAAGGGAGCAGCUCUGCCUGCACUCCCGACACAGUUGCUGGUCAACAUGCUCUGUUGUCCUGGUGUGCAACUAGACACUGUGUGUCCAUCACAUCCAAGCCGCUGUCUCACUGGAGAGCUGCCUGCAGAUGGGAGCUUAACUCGCACAUUUCUAUAAGGAAGUGUUCAUGGAAACCUUUUACCAGCUCAGCAGUAAAAAUAGAGCAACGUUCUGCAGGGCUGUUGUGAAAUGAUAAAGUUGAGGAUUUUUGUCUCUCCCUCCUCAUGCAUCAGGAAAACAAACACACACGCAUACACACACACAGAUCCUUUGCCAGUCAGAAGAAACUGUGUAUGGGGGGAAAGAAAGAGGUCAGCGUUGCUUUUGAAAGAUGCUGAUUUAACAAUGUCCUUGUUUACAUUUUAAGCGCGCAGGGUUUGUGGCAGUUGGAUGUGAGUUCCAGGAAGAAAUGCAUUUGGGUUUUGACUGCCACAGUCCUGCCUAACGGGCAGCCGGCGGCUUUUCUUCCGAGGACACGUCCCCCUUUCCAUUCACCUUCCAGGCUUUCACAGCCGUCUGCACAAUUACAGCAUUAACCGUGACAUGGAGAUUUGUAUCACGAACUGUGUUGCAUGUUUGGUCUUCCCUGGAGUUGCCCUUUUAAACAGUACCAGUCCCUCUGCUCUUAACUAAGGAUAUGAAGACUUUUCACCAGAGGAUGGGGCUCAAGGGGGAGCGACUGGGCUUAUCCAAGCAUACAUUUUUCUCUAAAUCUUCAGCUUUACCUGUACUCAAGCGCUUGGAUCCCUGGGAAAGAACAGCAGCGUGCCAGAGACAUUACCUGUCUGCACAGGUACCCUUGUUGACAUCCUGUUGGCCCGGCUUUUCAGUGCCAGCAGUGCUGCUUGCACGAGGGACUGCGAAGGCCUGAAGACCAUGGGGGACGUUGGCGGCAAGGGGGUAGCGGCAGAGGCACAGGCUUGGCCAGCUGGGGCCCUUGUCUGUGUUCCUGCUGCUGAGAGAAGGCCGUCUGCUUGAGCCCAACCCCUCCAGGCGUCCACGGGUCCAGACAGUGGCCAAGUCGGUCUGGUAUUGCUGCUUUCAUGAGAAACACUGUGAAGAUGCUUAAUCUAGCGGGUCUCAGCCAGAAUGUAUUUCACAGUUCCAGGAGGUGCUGGCGGCAUUUAGGAACAGGGGAAGGAAGGUGCUCUGCUCUCUCAAGAGCAACUGCGAGGCAGGCGGCUGUAGCCAGGCAGCUCCUCCAACGUCAGGUGGCCCGUGGAGGACGGUGGGUGCCUCUAGUUGAUACGCUGCCCCAAGGAGGCCACGAACUCCGUGCCGGCUCGGUGACCAGCCCGCCGAGGAUUGCUUCUUUGCGAAGCCGGCUUUCCCACUCAGCCGGAAGUGCUGUCGGGAUCGCCCUGGGGAAUUUGGCAGCCUGCCUGAAAGGCCCGCCAGCUCAAGACAGCCCCCCGCCCCGCCCCGCCCUGCACAAGGCGGCAGCAGCAGCGGCGGCGGUGGCAGCCUGCCUCUGCAGAUGAGCCGUGUGCAGGAUGCUCCAGACACCCCGGCAGUGCCGCGUGGGGCCUGUGGGGACCAUUCCGCCGUGUUCCGUACACAAGGGUGAGCUUUGUAGCAUGUGUAGCUGACAGGACCCUUCUGCAUGUGUCCUUUUUUAUCUACUUGUGUCUUAAAUUGAAAUGAGGAAAUGUUUUUAAGUGGCUCUUCUGUCCUCGAACCACGUGAAUGUCUUCGUCUGCAAGCACGGGAGGCAGAGCGAGAACGCUUCCGGGAGUGCUCCCUUGCUGCUUUUGAAGUUUGACCUUAACGCAUUUUUCUCUGUGUCUCUUAAUCUGGAAAGGUUGACUUGUUUUAUGUAAACGCCAAACGUAUAGUGCCUUUUGUUAGGGGAGGUGCUGUAUCUCCAAGCUUGAAUCGGAAGAAGAGGCAGAUUUGAAACUUGACGGGAAAGCCAUGAAGUUGCUCCGUAUGUCCAGCAGCUUGGAAGGAGACGUGUCGCCCCGUAGCUCGCAUGGGGGUAUGUAGCAGUGUGGCCCCAGCGAGCUCUCCGGCCCUCGCCCUCUUACUAACCGUGAGUUGUCAGUGUCGCUUUCUACCCUCAGCUUUGACUUGAAGGCACUGCGACUCCGAUGCAGGAUUUUAAUGCAGCCAGGUGGUCACAGAGGCCAUCGGCCCUGCCCGCCCCCAGGGCACCCUGUCCCAAGCAACCCGUUCAGACGCAGUGAACAAACGAUGCACAAACAUGGCAUAAGACGGGAAGCAGAAUACAGCUGAACCCCCAGGCCCCUGUGGGAUCCAUCUAGUGCCAGGUUUCCUGCCAUCUCAUGUUCCUCGGCCUGCAAGUGCCAUGGGCAUCAGUCCACCAGGAGUUCUGGUGCAGCGUGCUCUUGCGAGUCCCUUUAACGUCCUCGCUGUGUGGGUGCACCGCUGCGCAAGGAGCUUCCGGGGGAUUUUGCUCGGUGCCCGCUCAGCUUUCGGAGAGAGGUCCCCUCUCGUCACAGCCGCUGCCUCCUCAGUACAUACAGCUGUAAACUGUAUUACACAGUUUACAACUGCAUUUGGGGAAUUAGUGUGUGGUGUUACGAAUGCCAUUUCCUUGCAGCCACUUUCGGAGCAGGGUAGUUUGCCGUGGGGAGCUAUUUUAGCCCCCGCCAUGAAGAACUGCUGUUCUUGUGACUAAAAUGGCAAAGAGCCCAGGGGUGGGGGAUAUGAAGACUGAAAUGCUAAACCUUAUAAGUUACCUUUGGGUGGGAACGAGGGGUUAAUGAGUAGCUUUAUUUCUCCUGAACGUCGAGAAACAAUAUCAGUGUUGAAAAUUUCACUGACUAUUUUAAAGGUUAUAAUAAUGUCAUUAAUAUAAAAUAUAUUAGCAGUAUUUAAUCCUUCAAGACCUGUAAAGAGUAAGAACAGAAGGUAAAUAUUCUUACAGAAUAGCCGAGCUUUAAGGUUCAUUUGGUCUAAAGUCCUCAUUUUGUUCUGCAAAAGCAUUGUUAAUGUUUUAGAGAUUAUACUAAUGUUAUUUAUUUUUUACUUUUUGUUCUUGUAAGCUGCCCACUCAAGAGCUUGUGGGGACAGGGUGGGAGGGUUUGGGGUAUUUCAUGUGUGUCAGCAAAAGGAAAAACAAAAACAAAGUUUUAUUUUUAAAUAAAUUUCUUUGUUGUAGCACA